UCCAUGCGUUUACCCAGACCGAUAGUUUUAUGCAAGUCGUGUUUUUGCGCAUCUUGCACGCACUUUCGGAUGGAGGAUGCAGUCACUGCAUUGCCCAAAUCUACAACUCGACAAAGUAAACAGAAUUUUUUUUUUUGAUAUAGGCCUGAAUUAAAACAAGUAACUAAAUUUGCUUUUACCAGUGUUCAGAGUUUACUGGAUUUGAGGAUGCAAUAUUAUUCGGACUAGCUCAUAAUAAAGCGCGUUAUUAUAUCACUGCCCUCCUGUCUGGAAAGUAGAUCGCAGCAUAUUCGUAUUAUCAGUCUGCAAGCUGCGACCUUCGCAUCCCCAGGCAAACAAGGCUGACCUGGAUUCUGCACUGGCAUCUCGCUUCAUCAUUGUAGGCUAUUAGAGCAUCGUUGCCGUCCUGUGAGUGAUGUCGGACUCCAGGCGACAGUGGAACCGGGAGGAUGAGCUCCCUGUGUACCUGGCUAAACCCAUCUCGACUGGACCCAGCCAGCGUCACAAGUCUCACGGAAUGUUCAGCUCCGUCGAGGGCGCGUAUGAUAGCAAGACUAUCGCUUUUGACCAGUACGCCGCAGGGAGGAAGGAGAACAGGAGCUCACGCAGCAGUAGCAGGGAACGCAUCGUGGAUGGGGAUUUUGAAGCCUGUGAGAUCAGCGGCGGGACCUUCAUCAGCUCCCCGGGUGAGAGAGACGACGGGCGUCCGGGUGUCAAAAUCACGGAUCAGACUGAAAAGGAAUGUGGUUACGAGCAAAACAACGGGAAGCCUAUACGUCAACAUUUCAUGUCCAUUAUUGUGAAACCCGCGAGACACAACAAAGUUUAUGUUGAAGAUGGAAUUAUUAAACAGGUUGGGGGGAACCUGAUUGUGCCGGGGGGCGUGAAGGUGAUUGAGGCUAAUGGGUGUUUGGUGAUUCCUGGAGGUAUUGAUGUGAACACCUGCCUGCAUAAGCCUUUCCUAAGCACUCAGAAGAAAUAAUCCUACAAUAGCGAUUUAAACCAGUUUGAGCAGAAUCCGUCAUCUUCUCUUUCAGUUGACCAUGUGACUCCACAGCCUGGUGAGAGUCUAUUGGAGGCCUUUGAGAAGUGGCAGGAAGUGGCUGAUAAGAAGUCCUGCUGUGAUUAUUCACUUCAUGUGGAUAUCCCACAUUGGCAUGAAGGUGUGAAGGAGGAGCUGGAACAGCUGGUACAGGAAAAAGGAAUCAACUCUUUCCAAGUGUACAUGGCUUACAAAGGGUUAUUUCAAAUGCCUGACUCUCAGUUGUAUGAAGCGUUCUCAUUCCUUAAGGAGCUGGGGGCAGUGGUUCUGGUUCAUGCAGAGAAUGGAGACCUGAUAGCACAGGAACAAAGCAAAAUCUUGGGAAUGGGCAUCACCGGUCCAGAGGGCCACCCACUGAGCCGUCCAGAGGAGCUGGAGGCAGAGGCUGUUUUCCGUGCCAUCACCCUUGGCAACCGAGUCAACUGCCCUGUCUACAUCACCAAAGUGAUGAGUAAAAGUGCAGCUGAUACUGUGGCCACUGCACGGAAGAAAGGCUCUGUUGUUUUUGGGGAGCCAAUCACAGCCAGCUUGGCAACAGAUGGAUCACACUAUUGGAGCAAAAACUGGGCAAAAGCAGCAGCCUAUGUGACCUCUCCACCCCUCAGCCCUGACCCGACGACACCUGACCACCUUCACUCUCUACUGUCCUGUGGGGAUCUGCAGGUCGUGGGUAGUGGACAUUGUGCUUACAGCACCUCUCAAAAGGCCAUAGGGAAGGACAACUUUACUCUUAUACCAGAGGGAACCAAUGGUGUGGAGGAGAGAAUGGGUUUCGUUUGGGACAAAGCUGUGGCUAUGGGGAAGAUGGAUGAAAACCAGUUUGUUGCAGUUACAAGCACUAAUGCAGCCAAAAUCUUCAACCUGUACCCUCGUAAGGGUCGGAUAGCAGUGGGUUCAGAUGCUGACAUUGUUAUCUGGGACCCUAACAAGACCAAGACCAUCACAGCCAAAGCACAGCAGUCGGCUCUGGAAUAUAAUAUUUUUGAGGGGAUGGAGUGUCAUGGUGGUCCAGUGUAUGUGGUCAGUCAGGGUAGGAUUGUGUUUGAGGAAGGGAAGCUCCAGGUUCAGCAGGGGACUGGACGUUUCAUCUCCCGCAAGCCCUUCCCUGACGUCGCCUACCAGCGCAUCAAGUACCGCAAUAAGAUGAUGAGUAAGCAGGGAGUUUCUCGUGGGAUGUAUGAUGGUCCAGUAUAUGAUGUCCCAGCAACACCCAAAUACAUAACCCCAGCACCCUCAGCCAAGACCUCGCCCACUACACACCAGCCUCCACCAAUCAGAAACCUGCAUCAGUCUAAUUUCAGCCUAUCAGGGGCUCAAAUCGACGACAACAUUCCUCGGCGCUCUGGCCACCGCAUUGUAGCACCCCCUGGUGGUCGUUCCAACAUCACCAGCCUUGGUUAAGCCUUCUGCAGAGAGAGAGAGUGUGUGUGUGUGUGUGUGUGUGUGUGUGUGUGAUUAUAGUUCAAUAUGUUGACAAAUCAUCAGUAUUCUCCUCUCACGGGGCCAUGCUAUUAACAGAUUUUUGUGCAACGCAUGCAUGCCAAAAUAUCACUGUACCUUACCUGUGCAGUAAAUGUCCCAUCCACAGUGAAUGUUACUGUGUGCAUUGUGCACAAUAGUCUCACUGCUAAAACAUACCUAUAUAAAUAUCUAUAGAUAGCUAGACAAUCACUAGAAAAUACUUUAUAUUUGUAACAAAUUUUAGAAAAGGCAGCAUUUAAGCAAUGCUAAUGUAACUACUCACAUUUUUGAGUUAUUAUACCCUAAUUCUGCUGAUGUGACCCCAGUGUUUGUGACAGUGUUGAACAUGUCCUGCUUUGAAGCCCUGUGAACCCAGUCACUGGUCAUCCCAAAAAAAAUGGUGCUCUUCAUUAACUUGUGUUAGUGAUGAUAAGGGACAAGUGCUAGAAUGCAGGUCUGAGAUGAGUUUUGGUAUAGAGGUAGCGCUAAUAAGUACAUUGUAUUGCUGAGUGACGAUCUGCUCUUACAAGC